GUCCUACCUCCUAGCUGUGGGGGCAAUACUGCCCGUGCGUACUGACAUGGAAGGGACUAGAAGAAAUGGAAUUUACGAUAAGAGAUAUAUAAACCAACUGGCUUCCAAGCACCCACAGUCACCCACAGUCACCCACACUUUCCUUUUGCUCCGAGAGAGAUUCUUGGAAAUGUCUACUUAUAAAUUAGUAGUAGAGACGGGCAAGAAUCUCCAUGCUACAACCAAGGACUCCAUCUCCAUUGUCCUGAUUGGCUCUCGGGGAGAAAGCAAGAAGCAAAAACUGGAUAAAUGGGGGAAAGAUUUCCUUCCCGGCGCCAGAGAUGAAUAUGGGGUUCAGGCUGAGGAAGACCUUGGGGAGAUCCUGGUGCUGCGACUCUACAAAGAAUCCCUUACGGGUUUGCUGGAAAGCGCCUGGUUCUGUAAGUCCAUUAAAGUGAUCGGCCCCAGUGGAGAAAUAUUUGAAUUUCCGAUUUAUUUGUGGAUCUCGGGAUAUGGAAUCUUUGAAUUUCAGCAGGGAAAGGGGAUGAUACUGGGCGAGAGUGUCGGCCCCGCCGUACGGAAGCAGAGACAGUCGGAACUGAACGCAAAGAGACAGACGCACCAGUGGAAAACAUACGCUAAAGGGGCCCCUCGCUGUAUCAGCGCCGAGACUGUUACUGAUCUGCCCCCCAAUGAUCGAUUCUCCUUCAAGAAAACAAUCAGCUUUGGCUUCAAUUUAUUAUCCAGUUCCCUUGGGGCUACACUAAAGGGCUUCUUACUGCGCUCCGACUCCUGGAAAGAUCUCAGACACAUCAAGAAAGUCUUUUCUAUUCAAUGGACAAAAAUAUCAGAUCUGGUGUCUGAGCUGUGGAAGGAGGACUCGUUCUUUGGGUACCAGUAUCUGAAUGGGUUAAACCCGCUGAUGAUCCAGAAAUGUCUCCGGAUUCCCGAUAAUUUCCCUGUUGAUGAUGUGACUGUGUCUGCGACUCUAGGGGAGUCCACAACCCUCCAGGCGGAACUGCAGAACGGAAACAUCUUCCUGGCAGAUUACAAGAUCCUUGAGGGGAUCCCUACGAAUGUUAUUAAUGGGGAAAGGCAAUAUCUCGCUGCCCCAAUGUGCCUGCUCUGGAAAUCCCCAAAUGAUGAGAUUGUUCCUAUUGCAAUCCAGCUAAAUCAAACCCCAGGGGAGGAGAACCCAAUCUUCGUGCCCACUGACCACGAGUGGGACUGGACUUUGGCCAAGUUGUGGGUGAGAAGCUCUGAGUUUCAGUUCCAUGAGGUUGUCUCUCAUUUACUCUACACUCACCUCUUCGCUGAGGUCUUUAAUGUCGCCACCACCCGGCACCUCCCCAUGGGCCACCCUGUGUAUAAGCUCAUUUACCCGCAUCUCCGUUACACCCUGGAGAUUAAUACCCUCGCCCGACAGACUCUCAUUGGCCCAAAAGGCCUCUUUGAUCAGGCUGUGGUGACUGGGAAUGGGGGAGUCCCCGUGCUACUUGCAAGAGCCAUGGAGAGUCUGACCUACAACGCCCUCUGUCUCCCUGAUGAUAUUCAGGCAAGAGGUGUUGAGUCCAUUCCCAAUUAUUUCUACAGACAUGACGGGAUGAGGAUCUGGAGAGCCAUGGAAAGCUUUGUGUCGGACAUUAUUCAUUACUAUUACCCGAGUGAUGAAACCGUCUCUGAAGAUCCAGAACUUCAGGCUUGGGUGGCAGAGAUCUUCCAGGAAGGGUUCCUGUCCAAUAAAAACUCAGGAAUCCCAUCAUCCUUUGCCACCCGGAUGGAGCUGAUCAAAUACCUGACAAUGGUGAUGUUCACAUGUUCCGUGCAGCACGCGGCUGUCAACAGUGGGCAGUUUGACAUCUACGCCUGGAUGCCCAAUGGUCCUUCCACCAUGAGAAAGCCUCCCCCCACCACUAAGGGCACCACCACCUACCAGAGUAUCCUGGAGACGUUACCAGCCAUAAACACCACCGCUACAGCCAUGGUGGCUGUCAGCCUCCUCAGUAAGGAGCCACAUGAUCGGAACCCAUUGGGAAAAUACAGAAACAAUCAGUUUGUUGAAGACGUGCCAAAGAAAUGCAUUGAGCGAUUCAGAGAAAAGUUAUCUGAGAUUUCCCAGCAAAUCAAACAAAGGAACAAGACCAAGAGGCUGACGUACCAUUACCUGGAUCCGGAGGAAAUCGAGUGCAGCGUCUCCAUUUAGUGAGACCCCCGAGGAGUCUCUUUGCACUUCCUGCAUUUUCUUUUCUGCUUUUCUACUGAGUAAUAAAUAAACAUGUGGCAAGUGGG